UCAAGGAGUCGACUUGGAAGUUGGAAGAGGACGACACCUGGAGUCCUGGACGACACAAUGCAAUGGCCGCCUCAGCUGUUUGCCGAGGUGCUUUGAAGGCAUGGAAUUGAAACCUGUUUGACAACCAGGACUAGCGGUUCAGGUGGCUCCUAGGCUGCCCCUAUCCCCUGAUGCAAUCACUGUCAAUGUGAUCAGCUGUCUCUGCCCAUAAUGUGAAUGCUGUGCAAGUGGACAAACUAGAUGAUGAGCGCUGCAGUGAAUAGGAGUGCAUCGAUGUUGCACUUGUAAGCAGUGCAACGAGCUCCUUGGAGUCUUUGCAUAGCAGACUCCCGGAAGUCUGGCACUGUCAUUGGCAACAGACAAAGGUACAGACAGCUUUUCCAGAUGCUUGCUUUCUCCUUCGUCAGGACGUGAAUCAUGGGAGAUACAGUUCUCGAGCUGGGGCCGAGCAGCGGAGGGAACCAGAUUCAGGAGGCAAAGACUGUGCGAUCUUUGGGCAUCAAGACUCCUGAACCUGGAAGUAUAAAGCGGGCGCUCACCAGAGGACGCAGCGCGAAGAAAUUGGCAUCAAGGAAGCAGCCCCUUCCUGGUGAUGGCUUCUGGAAGUAUGCGCCUGGGUCAGAAGAAGCAGAGGCCAACCUGCCGUUCAAGCCCCUCCCAGGCGACGGCUUCUUCAAGUACCUCGAUACAUUUGACAGUACGGAGCACAAUCCGACCUUCCAGGUCCCGCAACGGCAUCUUCCUAAGAGCCGGGACUCAAGUCCUCCGCUGGGCUGCUUUGGCCAGCAGCGGAAAGCUCGUAAGAGCGUGACCUUGAAGCCUAAGCAGGCGACCAAGAGGUCUAAGACCCAGGGUAGAAAGGCUGAACCUUGGACUACAAAGGACGUCAAACUACCUGACCCGAAACCGCUGCAUCCGACUCACCACCCUGCAUUGAGGACUUACAGCAGGAAGCCUGCAGACUUGGCUCCAAAGAAACGGCCGAUCCCUGGGGAUGGCUACUGGCAGUAUUCCGACGAGGCAGCGGUAGCAGUGCCGACCCUGCCGUUCAAGGCUCUCCCUGGCGACGGCUUUUGGCUGUAUCCGGCGGGGUCCGAAGAAGCCCGGCACAAUCCGGCGUUUCAGGUUCCACGGCGCGUUCUCGUGAGGCCCACAGAGUCGAGCUCCCCGCUCAAGCGCUUGGCAAAGCGCGCGCCGGGUCUGAAAGAGAUUGCGCGGAAACAGUCUCGUCCAAGCACGAAACUUCAAGACACUGCCGCUGUUAUCUCAGCAGGGCAGACCAGGGCCACAUCAUUAGAGGAGAGCGCGGCAGUGCCGAUUGAGGUUUCUCGACAAAAGUCCCGCGGAAGCAAGGACUCGAGCUUCGCUUUCAAGGCCUCUCCACGACGCAGGCUGAUCCGAAACGUCUCUUCCCAGAAGUCCAGAAAGCCCCUCCCUGGCGACGGCUACUGGCAUUAUCCACUCGGGUCAGAGACCACAGAGGCCAACUUGCCGUUCAAGGCACUCCCAGGGGACGGGGUGUGGGUGUACCCGUUUGGGUCAAACGAAGCGCAGCUCAACGCGGCAUUUCAGGUCCCCAGCCGGCUCCUUUCGAAGAGCAGAUCCUCGAGUCCUUCGUUCAAGCGCUUUGCGAACCGCAAGCAGGCCUCCAAGGAUACUGAGCCGACGGCGAAGCAGGAGCCUUCGAGGGAGGCCCUCCAGCAAACACCGGCAGCGGCCGCUGCGGUGAGCGAAGACGAGCUGAUGGAAGAGUCGGCGAGCCCUGUCGAGGUCGAAAGCGCGCCUCCGGUCCUCACAGAGCCUCCCGUUUUGGCCACCAAGAGACCACGGAGCGCUUUGGGAGUCAUAUCGCCGUCAGAGGGAGGGAUGCGGAGCGUGAAGCUGGUCAAACGCGAGAUUUCGGAGGUGGGCAGCAAGUGGCUGCGCAUCAUGACCGACAUGGACAAUCUGCACGCGAAGCUGAAGGCCGGGGGCGCAACGGACCCCUCACAGGCCGGGCGGGUUGUCCGCCCGAUGAAGAGGACGGUCGCAGCAUCUACAGCUUCGGCGGAUCAACAGGAUAUGAAGGAGAUCGAGGCUCAGUCAACUUCAGACACGCAAGAUUUCUUGCUACCUAGAGGCGAGGCCCCGGCGCCUUCCACCACGCCGACAUUGGCACGAGGGAAGAUGCCCAGUGCCAGCCCCACGUCAGUUCUCCAGGCUGUCUCGUCGCCGUACGGGACAGAAGGGGCACUUGGCAGCAGCGAUGAGGAGCCAAGUAUUCUCACGAGGAGUGCGAAGACUGCGCUGGUGCUCCCCGCCCGCCCUGUGGAUUCGGCGACCAAGACAUGGGAGUUCCCCUCUAUCCGGGAGCAGUCACCCUUGACGGUUUAUCGCACUACAAAGCUGAGCGGAGCCGAUGUGGAAGGGGCAGACGGCAAGACUUUCGAGAAAUAUACUUCCAAGGCUGCUUCCGAGAUCGAGGAGGAAGUGCCCUCUUUCAUGGGCUUCGCAACUCUCUCCAAGAACGGAAACGAAGGGACAACGGUUUUGGAGGGGCCAAAAAGCACCGGAACGCUUUCCCCACCUCUGGAAAAGCAGUCGAUGAAGGCUGUCGCCUCCACCGACCGCGUUAUCGGCGAUGCCACGGUUCCGGCCGCGGAUCCAACGGAAGCGACCGGAAUUACUCCGGAAGCCGCCCCAGCUGCGCUGCCUGCGCGCGCGUCGUCCCGGCAGAAGGCGACCAAGACGAAGGAAGACGGGCGGGCGAAAAAAACCUCCCAGAAGGCGCUUUUCAAGGAUACCUUUGCCUGGACCAAAAGCCCAGCUGACAAGACGUCGUCGACUGGUGCGAAGGAGAAGGGCCCCGCUGCCGUCAAGCAGACUCGGGCCGGAACGGUGAAAGAGAGCCCUGCGAUUGGAGACGGGAAACUCGGCCGCCCUAAGCGCCCGGCCUUGGCGCCCUUGACGAUUCCGGAGCCUCCCACGGACGUUGACGAUCGUCCGGUUCGUCCGCUGAAGGCGUCCGCCCCGGUCACGUCUCCAGACAGGCCGAAGACGGCCGAGGAGAUGAUUGCCAACUACAUGUCCCUCGAGCACAACAGCACCCUGAAGCGCGUCAAGGCCAAAGCCCGGGCGGCCCUCGCAUCCAAGGACGAGGAGAUCCGCUCGCUGCGCGCGCGCCUUCUCGAAAUGGAAAGCACGUCAACCAAAUCGGAGCUCGUUCUCACUGGUGCGGACGGCUCAGAGUUCCUCGGCGAAAUCGAAAAGCUGGGGGAUGACUUGACAAAGAGCCGUGCCGCCGAAGUAAAGGCGGGCGACUCGGAAGACGCGCUAGUGGCGGCGGAGGGGCGCAUCGCGGAGCUCGAGGAGCGCCUGAUCACCGCACAGGAAGACACGCACAUCAUCGCCACCCGGCUGGGCGCCAAGAUGCGACAGCAAGACGAGGACCUCCAGAGCGCGGAAUCCGAGCGGAACGAGCUCGAGCGGCAGAUCGCGGAGCUGAAAACUCAGGUCGGCCGCGCCCAGAAAGACGGCGACGACGUGGCGGCCCGCGGCGCGCGGCUCGUGGAGGAGAACGCGAAGCUGCGCGACGCGGCCGCGGCGCUGGAGCGCCAGCUGGACGAGGUCGCGCGUGGGCGUGCGCGCGCGCGCGCCGAGCGCGACGAAAUCGCAGCCGAGCUGGAGGCGUUGGGCGCGAUCGCGGACGUGCUGCAGCGGCAGCUCGCGAGCACGGGCGCACGCGCGCGCGACUUUGAGGCGGAGCUGAUGGCGACCCAGGACGAGAGCGGCCGGAUGCGCGCAGAGGUGCUUGCGCUGCGGGCGAAGCUGGAAGGGAAGAGCGGAGAGCUGGCAGCGGUGCGGGCGGAAGUGGCGAAGGAGAGGGAGGCCGCGGCAGAUCUCCAGGCCAAGGUCGAGGAAGCUGAGGCCGCACUCAAGGAGGAGCUCCGUCGUCGCGACCAGUUCGAGACCGCGGAAGCGGAGCGGCUCAAGCAAACGCUCGCGCACUCAGUGACGGCGCUCGCGCAGACGCAACAGGAGGUGACGGUGCUCAAGAAGAUCACCGAAGAGGUCAGCGGCGCGACCAAGGAGAAGGAGACCGAGGCGGAGCAGCUGGCGGGCGAACUAGGCGCGGCGCGCGCUGAGCUGGCGCGACUGCAGCAGGAGCUGGACGCAGCGCGGGGGCUGACGUCAGAGCUCACGGAGGCGCGCGCGAAGCUCCUGAGAGCGGAAGGGGACCUCGCGGCGGAGCGGAAGGAGGCGGCCGCGCUGGCGACCGAACGGGAGAAGGAGAUUAAACGGCUGUCGGUCGAGCUAGUGCAGAGCCUGGAGGCGCUUCAGCGGCUCGCGGAAGAGCGCCGCGCGCUGCGCGCCGCCAGUGAAGCGGCCGCGGCAAAGGGCCUAGACACCGAGCGCCUCGCGGCAGAACUGGAGGGGGCGCAGCGGGCGCUCGAGAAAGCGGAGGCUGACGUCAGCGUGCAGGAGCGCGCGGCCGCGCAGUCAGCGGAGGAGCUCGCGGAGCUGCGCGCCGCGAUGGAGGCGCUGGCGGUCAAGGUGGCGACGCUGGAGGAAGAGAGAACUAGGAUGGGCGCACUUAUCGAGGAGAAGGAAGCCGCGGCGCUGCGAUUGCUGGACGAGGUGGCGGGGUCCGGGGCGGCACUCCUGAAGACGCAGCAAGAGCUGAACGCGGCGCGCGUGGUGAACCGGGAUCUUUCCGCCGCAGUGCCGGAGAAGGACCGGGACAUCGCCAAGCUGAGGGCCGAACUGGCGGCGAUGAGCGCGGCCCUGCUGACGUCACAGCGGGCGCUGGAAUCCGCGGAGAAGCGGAGCGGCGAGGCGGCCCGGGAGAAAGAGCGCGAGCUCGCGCGCCUUGAGGAGGAGCUCGCGCACUCGCAGGCAGCGCUGGUGGGGGCGCAGAGCGAAGUGAAGGGUCUGCGCGCGAGCGAGAAAGCGGUCGGGGAGGCCGCCCGGGGAAAGAGACAGGUGGCGGGACAGCUGGCGGCGGACUUGGCGGAGGCGCAGGCGGCCCUUGGAGAAGCCGGCCGCGAGUUGGGCGUUUUACGGGGAGCAAACCAGAAGCUGGUGGAAACCGGGAAAGAGAAGGAGGGGACGGUCGCACAGCUGAAAACUGAGAUCGAGGAGCUACGGGCAGCAUUGGCGAAGUCAAGCCAGGAUUUGAAAGCGCUCGAGGAGGCGCACUCGAGGGCCGGGGAGACGAUCCUGGCGAAGAGUGCGGAGGCGGCGCGCGCCUCGGACGAGCUCGCGCGCGUUUCGGCGGAGCUCGCGCGCGUGCGUGCGGUCCUGGCCGCAGCCGAGCAGGAGGCCGCGGCGUUGCGCGAGGUGCGCGACGGGAUGCGCGAGGCGGAGCGCGGGGCCGAGCAGAAGCUCGCGCGAGAGGCGGACGAGUUUGCGGCGACUCUGGCGGCGAAACUGCGCGAGGUGGAGACGCUGGAGUUGGAGAAACGCGCGCUGCGCAAGGAAGCGGCCGCGCGCGAGAACCGGGUGCACGAACUAGAGGCGGCGGUGGAGGCGGCCGCCGAUGAGAAGGCGGCUCACACGGAAUCCUCCGAGCUGGCUGACUUCUACGAUGCGCGUUCGGGCGAGGCCACGCCCGAGAGCAAGAACCGCGGCGCGAGUCCGGUUGUCCUCCCCAGUAGCUUCCCCUCGGGGCAAGCCACCAUUCUGGUGGACAGCGACGAGGAGCCGGUGCUAGAGACGGACUUGCCUGCGGCAGAAACCGCAGUGGGGAGCCCUCAGGCGUGGUCCAAGAUGUGGACUGGUUGGUAUGGUGAGACGACGCCUCCUGGGGGAAAGAGCAGGAAGGGCCGACUCUCGUCGUGAUGGCGACGUCCACUAGGGGCGUUUAGGUGUUCUAUAUACGUGUUGUUUCGUUGUGAAGGUUUUGUGAUAUGUCCGCACGCAGCAACGCUUACAAGGGCGGAUUGUCCGAUAAUUCGCAUAGAUGUGAGCGAUGCUUUCUACCGCGACAAAAGACGGUUAUGAUUUUAAAAGUGCAGCUUCUGGGUCUCUUUGCAAUCUCGUGCUGACGUGAGGGCCCUCGAGUUACUAGGUUAAGGAGGAUCAAACUCCCAAAGGAGAAAACUUAUUGUUGCGGUAUUGCUGGUACACUUAGAGCCUCAAAACAAGUCUAGUUCUAAGCAUACAUAUUUGCGGCAUUCUCCGAGGCUUACGUUUUGUGAGCCAGAACCUACUUGUCUAAAUAACAGUCAUUUCAAAUAGCAGACUCUAUUUUUGGAUAUACAGAAUAGCAUUGAACUCGUAGCAAAAUGCUGAAACUUAAAAGUAUAACCUCUCAUAACGUGACU